UUGAAGAUGAAAUUCUCGUCAAUCUUCCUGUCAUUACUAUCAGUGAGCUACUCAAUACCUGUCGAGCCUCGUCAGGAGCAAAGUCUUGCACCUCAAUUUCUCACCGCUAUCAAUGACCUGAACACCGCUGUUACCGGCAUGACAACGGCCGUCAAUAACUUCGAUGGUUCCCUGCUUGGCCGAUUGCCCCAGACUCUCGCCAUCGUGAAAGCUGAAACAAAGCUCGAUGUUACUAUUUUGAAGGCGACCCGCAUCGCACAGAAGAGCGCCAACUUUACGGCAGAGGAGAGCACAAACAUCGUCAAUACGCUGGCUAGUGGCAUUGGUCCAAUCCAAGCAUCUCUCGAUGCGCUGAAAGCGAAAUAUCCGCAGUUCAGGAAAACACUUACUUCACCUAUCGUGUUGCUGGAUCUCAAGAUCUUGAAGAAACACACCGACGAUCUCAUCGCUGCUCUGACUCUGAAGGUCACAGCAGACAAUUCAGGUCUUCUGGGGUUAGGAAAGGGUGUUCUCGACCAGGCAUUUGACUCUGCUAUUGCUGUCUAUAGCGCUUGA